GUCACCAGUGUUGUAGUCAAAACCAGUGCCCUACUUUUUUUCAGUCCCUGCCUGGCAGAUACAUAGGAAGACAUGUUUUCCCAUCUUCCCAAGAAUUUUGGGAGAGUGAAUGGCGAUUAUCGACAGAGUAGUGUGAGGCAAUCUGGCCUUUCAUCAAAAAAAAAAUGGACAAAAGAAACAAGUCUGGGGAAUGUGAAUCCCUGCCUGGCAGAUACACAGGAAGACAUCUUUUCCCGGCUUCGCAAGAAUUUUGGGAGAGUGAACGCCGAUUUUGGACAGACUGGAGUGAGGGAAUCUCGCCUUUCAUCAAAAAUAAAAGAUGGACAACGAAAGCUGGCCUGGGGAAUGCUGAAUGAUGGGAGACUGACAUCAUCCCCUGGCCCUGUGGUAAUCAACAAGGAGGCCAACACGGAGAACACAGAAGAACAGAGACUGAUUAGACAGCUGCAGUCAGCUACUGAGGAGAGAAAUGAGCUAAGAGAUCUCCUGACUUACGUGACAGAGAGAUACAGGAACAACAGGGCCAGCCGCUACAUCAGGUCAAAUCCAUUUUAUGAAAAAUUGAAGAUAAAGGAGAGGGAGGUCAUGUCAUUACUGCACAACUUAGAGAUGAGGAACAUCGAGCAUUGUGAGAAAUUUCAGGAGCUCCAGAAGGAAAUUAACUUCUAUCGGAACCUGCCCAGCCGGAUCCAUAUGGACAAGAUAUGUAUGCAGAAGAAGUUGUUCCCAUUCAGAAAGGAGAGCAAAGCAGAACAGCUUGAUUCUGCACCGCUGCUACAGAAAUUUUUGUUUGAUUUGAACAAGAAAGAUAAAGACGAACAGGAGAAAACCAGCAACCUCCAGACCAAGCAACAUCUGGAUAACACCACUUGAGAGACCACUUGGGAACUGCAUUGCCAUUUUGCCUGCUAGAGGAGAAACAGCAAUAUAACUGUGCUUCUAAAUGUUCACUAAGAAUAUGCUGUUUAGAAAUAUUUUUGUUAUGAUCUUAAAUGAAGUUUUUGUUUUGUUAUUUCAUAGUUAUAUGUUCUUGUUAAUAUUUUUCACAUCUGAAAAUACUUUUAGAUAUUUAUAUUAAUAUUCAUUUUAAUCAUUUUUGUUUUAAAUUGUAUUCCUUAUGAAUAAAACUUGAUUUGUAACUCUUGA